AAAUUCCCCCUCCUUGCGUCGUCGACUCGUCUGACGAAUCGGACGAGUUGGUGUAAAGUGACAACAAACCCAUCUCGGUGAGGGACCUGAGGCUGCCUCUUUUCUCGCAUUUUGUGUGGCUUUUCUAUCAAUAGGCUGUGACAUGCCGAGGGGAACCACAGAACACCAACCACUUCUAACAGAGCCAGAUCCAGAGCUUGCACGAUCACAGAUGUCUCGGGAUGGGGAGGAGCCGGUGUCAGAUGGGGAGGGUGAAGAGCACGACGAAUCUGGGCUCACUGCGUCAGGACACCACAUUGAUGACGCGCACCAGCAGACCACGAAUUGUGAGACGUUGAUUCACCUGAUUAAAGGAAAUAUUGGCACUGGCAUCCUGGCAAUGCCUGAUGGCCUCAAGAACUCUGGCUUGUAUACUGGCACUGCUCUCUUGCCUGUCAUAGCGACCAUCUGCAUUCACUGUAUGCAUAUGUUGGUAAGAUGUGCCCAUGAAUUGAAGGAAAGAUUAGGAGUAAGUGGGUUGGACUAUGCAGAAGUUGGGUACCACGCCUUCACCACUGGCCCUGCCCCUCUGCGUAGAUUAGCACCUGUUGCACGUGCAGUAUUGAAUUCCUUUCUUACCAUUACACAGUUAGGCUUCUGCUGUGUUUAUGUGGUGUUUAUUGCAGCAAAUGUCAAACAGGUGGUUGACUGUAAGUUGCCAGGAAAUGAAAUUGACAUUCAUGGGUACAUGGCUAUUUUAUUGAUUCCUCUACUAGCCAUAUCAAUGAUUAGAUCAUUAAAGGUGCUUGCCCCAUUCUCGCUCAUAAGCAACGUGUUCUUGGGGCUUGGCAUUGCCAUUACCUUCCACUACCUUCUCCAAGAUAUUCCUUCUUCUUAUGAUAGACCUGAGUUCAAGAGCUGGAAGCAGUUGCCACUCUUUGUGGGUACUUCAAUAUACGCUUUUGAAGGAAUUGGAGUGGUUUUGCCGUUGGAGAGGAAAAUGACAACACCAGAAGAUUUCCGUGGAUGCAACGGAGUGUUAAAUACAGCCAUGAUUCUAGUCACCUGUGGUUACAUUGCUGUUGGAUUCUUUGGCUACCUAAAGUAUGGUGAUGCUGUACAUGGCUCAGUUACACUUAACCUUCCACCAAGUGAUAACCUUGCACAGUUGGUGAAAAUCCUGAUGGCAGUAGCAAUCUACUUGACUUAUUCACUGAUGUUGUAUGUUCCCUCGGAGAUCAUGUGGCCACACCUCCGCACUAGGUUCCAUUCAAACAGGGCGAAACGUGUAGGAGAAUAUGCAUUCAGGGCUUUCCUUGUUCUUAUUACUUUUAUCCUUGCAGCAGCGAUACCCAACAUAGGCCUUUUUAUUUCACUAGUCGGUGCUAUGUCCUCAUCCACUCUGGCUAUCAUUUUCCCUCCCAUCAUCGAGCUUGUUACGUUUUGGCCAAGGGUAUCUAAGCUGACAAUUAUAAAGUGUUUUGUAAUUAUGAGCUUCGGCAUCUUGUGCUUUGUCAUUGGAUCCUAUGCCAGCAUAAUGGCUAUUGUUGAGUACUUCCAGAGUGCAGAUGAACCAAAGCCAGAGUUUAUAUGUUAGAGGAAUAAGUUUCUACUGUAUAUUUUCAGUAAGAUGGAACUUCCAUGUUUUUAUUAUUUUAGAGAAUUUGCUUUUAAACAGUAUGUAUAUUUGUGUGAAUAUGCAAUAUAUUACAGAAAAAUAAAUAGUAUUAUAGAGAUUCUGUAACAAUACAAAUGAAAAGUACAAUUUGUCUUUUCCCCAUAUAAUGAGAAAAAAAUGUCUCUCAGUAAAAAUGACGAAAUUUCUUUCUUGUGAAUAGUGCAAAGAGUAGUUUUCAGAGUUUAUUUCCUUCACUUUCUCAGGAUAUUGUAUUACAGUAAAAGAAAAAAAUGAUAGAAUGAGUGUUUAGUUAGUUUAGAUUGUUUUAUAUAUCAUGAAUUUACACAUUGUAUGAGAAUGUAUGCAGCAUUUUUCACAGAAUAUUGGGAACUGUAAAUUUAUGAAUGCAAAUUUUAUGUUUUAAAAGUAAUUUUGUUUAAAGGCAGAUUUAGAGAAAUUUGAAAGGUACUGUUAGUUAGUCUGCUAUAUUUUGAAGCCUCCCCCUUUUUGGGAGAUAUCAGCUUUUCAAGAAUAAGAAAGGAAAUUGGGUUUGAUUUUUUUUUUUUUUUCAGAUUUCUCUCAUUUUGACGUAGCAUACUUUUAAUUCAUUUUAAAUGUCAUAAAUAGGCUUUUGCAGUGUAUAGUAUACACUGAUGUUGCCUUAUAGUUUUAGUUGAUAACUGCACUGGCUUUUUCUUAUAUGCUAUUUCUUAUAAGUCUUUCCGGUGAUCAACAUUUUCUAACCAGUAAUGAAGUGUAAAGUGAUUAGAGAUCUUUUAGAAGACUAUAUAAAAGGUUCCUUAUCAAUCCAUAUUAUUUUUUAUAUGAGCAGAUUCUCAUUAACAUCCAAAGAAAAAUAUAAGUGCAGGCACACACAAAAAUGCAUGUGAAACAAAUACAGACAUUCAUUCUUUCACAUGUAAAUGUCAGGAAAGCUCAUUUACUAAUUUUAACCAACAUCGUUCAUACUUUCAUUGCCAUAUAAUGGAUUGUAUAAUCUAGCCAUGUAAGAAGUAUAUUUUGUGCAUAUAUUUAGUUCAUGUUUCAUCUGUAGUAUUUAUUUGUAGAUGAACAAAUGUAGAGUAAAUUAGGGAUGUAGAAAUGUUUUUGAAAUUGUUAUGAAUCAUUCACUGCGCAUCCCCACCCUUGUUAUCUCUUUUCUAUUUUGCCCACAUGUCACACAAAGAAUCUCAUUUUUUUUUGUAAGUUUCUUUCUAUCAUUUUACUUGGCAUUUAUUUAUUUUUUUAUUUUUUUCAAUAUAAUGAACAUUAUUGUCAUGUGCGUUGUCAGUCACUUCAUUCUUCGCAUGUGGUUUUGGUUAUUUCGCUCCUACCUUGAGUCUCUCUUAUUCUUCAGAGCUUUUCUGUACUUCAGGUAAUAUAUAUCAUUUUUAUUUCUUUAUACAAGUGCAAUAAGCAUUCUUUUAGAAUAAUCGCAGCAGAAAAGGUUUACAUUACAGUUACAAUUCUUUAGCCACUUAAAAACUUUCAUAUAUGAAUUUUUAUUUUAGUGUGUGUGUGUGUGAUUUUUACUUAUAAAUGGGGUGAGGUGAUGGGUUUGUUGCAUCUGAGGGGAUUUUCUUUUUUCAUUAAACUUGCACAUCAUCAAGUUUUAGCUGUUUUUGAUAUCUGACUCUGUUAUUUAACUGUUUCAAGGUCAUUGUGUUUGUAUAUAUACGUCUGUGAGGCAUAGUGGUUGUGAUGAAUAGAUUGAGCUUGAGUGUUUGUAAAAGGCAAUAAAAUAUUAUUUUUUCUUCUUUUAAUUAUUGUAAUGAUUAUAAGUUAUACUACUAUUUUUGUUCAAUUAUUUUUUUUCUUAUGAUAAUAGUUAAUAAUGUUCAUUAACAUCUCAAGAAAGAGUUUAAUUAUAUCUGGCCAACUCUUC